AUGAAGAAUGGCAAUAAACCAUUUGUCUUCCAAAAAAGAAGCAACUCAAUCAAGACUUCAAACAUUGAGGCCUUGUUCAGACUCCCAACAUCAUUAGCAGCUAACCGAAUCACAGCAAUCAAAGCUAACCGAAUCACAGCAAUCAAAGCUAACCGAAUCACAGUGUUAAUGCUAGUAGAACAAUUAUCAGCUGGUUCGCAGGAAGUGAAGGCUGUUGCAGCCCGUGAACUCCGAUUAAUGGCAAAAAUCGGGAAGGAGAAUAGGUCUUUCAUUGCAGAGGGUGGAACAAUCCCAGCUCGCUACCGGUUUUUCCGGUCUACAAAUCCAGUUGCUCAAGAGAAUGCCCUGACUGCAAUAUUGAACAUAUCUAUUCAUGAUGAAAACAAGAGAAAGAUUAUGGAGGAGAAUGGUUGUUUGGAAUUAAUAGUAUAUGUUCUGAGAUAUGAGUUAACUACUGAGGCAAGGGAGAAUGCAGCUGCUACAUUGUCCAGCCUCUCUGCUGUCCAUGACUUCAAGAAGAUGAUUGUGGAUGAGCAUGGUGCUGUUGCAGCACUAGCUGAUUUGCUGAUGCAGGGAAGCCCAAGGGGAAAGAAAUGGGCUGAUUGUCUCAAGCAAGAGAGCAGUGCAUCCUAG